CUGAUAGACGGCACUGACUGGCAUCACUGCUGGGCACUGACUGGCGGCACUGACUGGCACAACCCCUGGGCACUGACUGGUGGCACUGACUGGCAGCACUGGUGGGCAGCACUGGUGGGUGGGCACAGGUGUGUGACACUGCAGAGUGGCACAGGUGGGUGCACUGCUGGGCACAGGUGGGCGGAACUUGCGGGUGGCACUGCUGGGCACCGAUCAUCAGGGCACUAUCAGUGCCCUGAUGAUCGGUGCCGAUCCCCGCUCUGACAACUGCCGGUUCUCUGCAGUACUUUCCUCACGAUCUGACAGCGUGAGGAAAGUGCAGCCGAGAACCACCACUUGCAU